GGGUCAGAGGAGGCUGCGCGCGCAGCAGGUCGCCGCCAGCCGCCUGCGGACAUGUCCAUCCAGUACGGCGACGAGGAGCCGCUGGCGGGAAGCUUCGGGGCCGUGGACUCCUUCCCCAAAGACUUCGGCUACGGGGCGGAGGAGGCGGACGGCGAGGGCGGGGAGGCGGGGCCCGACACCAAGCCCCGGAUCCUCCUCAUGGGCCUGAGGCGCAGCGGCAAGUCCUCCAUCCAGAAGGUGGUGUUCCACAAGAUGUCCCCGAACGAGACGCUGUUCCUGGAGAGUACCAACAAGAUCUACAAAGACGACAUCUCCAACAGCUCCUUCGUCAACUUCCAGAUCUGGGACUUCCCGGGACAGGUGGACUUCUUUGACCCCACCUUUGACUAUGAGAUGAUCUUCAGAGGCACCGGAGCGCUGAUCUUCGUCAUUGACGCUCAGGAUGACUAUAUGGAAGCCCUCGCAAGACUUCAUUUGACCGUGUCCAGAGCAUAUAAAGUCAAUCCUGAAAUCAACUUUGAAGUUUUUAUUCACAAAGUGGACGGCUUGUCCGAUGAUCACAAAAUUGAGACCCAAAGAGACAUUCAUCAGCGAGCCAAUGAUGACCUUGCUGAUGCUGGUUUAGAGAAACUCCACUUGAGCUUUUACUUAACCAGCAUCUACGAUCAUUCAAUAUUCGAAGCUUUCAGCAAGGUAGUCCAGAAGCUUAUCCCACAGCUGCCAACUCUGGAAAAUCUACUUAACAUCUUUAUUUCGAACUCUGGGAUUGAAAAGGCCUUUCUUUUUGAUGUAGUCAGUAAAAUCUACAUUGCAACAGACAGUUCACCUGUAGACAUGCAGUCAUAUGAGCUGUGCUGUGAUAUGAUUGAUGUAGUGAUUGACAUUUCCUGCAUUUAUGGACUUAAAGAAGAUGGAACUGGAAGUGCUUAUGAUAAAGAGUCUAUGGCGAUUAUCAAACUUAACAACACAACUGUCUUGUAUCUAAAGGAAGUGACCAGGUUUCUUGCUCUUGUGUGCAUUCUGAGAGAGGAGAGCUUCGAACGAAAAGGUUUGAUAGACUACAAUUUCCACUGUUUUCGCAAAGCCAUCCAUGAAGUAUUUGAGGUGGGAGUGAGUGCUCACAGACCAAACAGCCACAUGAAUAUGCAGAACAUGAAGACAGUGACUCACAAUGGUGCACCUAGAGCUGUUGUGUAGCCCAGAUAUGGGAUAAGCAUGACUUUGCCAACCUUCCUGUGAUCCAGAGCUGCUGACAGAGCAGAUGAGGAAAUUCAAACGGAACAUGACCAGACUUGCAUUAAAAGCCUAGAGUGGGCUCUUUCUCUUGAUGAGAAGAACAUUGUGUAUUGAACUUUUUUNGUGGAUUAACGCUAAGCAAUUCUGUAAGAUGUGUCUUUACACUGGGAGGUCUAACUGUCAGUUUUGUGGACGGAGGUUGCAAAGUACUAAACCCAAUAUACAAAUAAUAUUUACAAUGGUUCAGCCUAUGGCAUUUUGAUCUGGUUCGUAAAAGUUUGAUGACUGCAUUGUCCUUUUUUGCUGGCCUGAGUUGUUCAAUACCCUUCCAAGCCACUUUCUCAAAUAAUUUUAUCUUUAUUAUUCUGGUUUGUGGACCCCAGGUGAAAGGCAGGAUGUUAUGGUACUGUGUGCUGCUGCUGCCACCAUUGCUGAUAUUUAAUAAAGAACAAUCGCGUGACCUUCUGUGAAAA